AGGGGGGGAUAUGACUCAUCUCGGCUUGACAUCCCGGCCCCUGGUCUAUCUUGCGGCAGGAUAGAGUCCAAGCCCCAAACAACUUUGCAAUAUCGAUAUUAUGCCUGUUAUAAUAAAGCGUUGUUCAAAUUUCAACAAGUCUCUCCGGAUUGAAAUGUGUUUUACCCAUUUUCUACAGUGAUUGACUGGCUGCAACCUAUUCACCUGGCCUUCUUACCCAAUUGUUGAGCCCAUCCCCCCAAAUUAAUUAAGCACCACUUAAUACAGCCUAUUGUAGCAACCUAUAAAAUACCAAGGCAGCUAAAGCAUAAGCAUCUAAGCAGACUAUGAACCGUGGCUAUAAACGUGUUUACAAUUUUAUAAAUCCAUUGGGAAGUAGAUUUUUCUCAGGAUAACAGGAUUAAGUGCAACUUAAAUUAAUUCUCAAUCACGACCUGGCAUUUGAGGUGACUUAUUAUGGAAAUUUGUUUUUACAAAACAAGGAAUUGUAGCUGAUACAAUUAAUCAUUCCUCAUUGAAAUAUCAACCCACAGAGCUCACUAGGAAGACAGGUUUGCAAUGUGUAUAAUAGCCUACAUUGGACAGAUAUUGUUAUUCAUCACUUUGUUGGGAAUGUAUGUACGCUAAGAGUUAUUUAUACUAAUCAAUCUUCAUCAUGAUCUGCAAACGUUUUUGCAUCUUCACCAUCAAAUAUCGAUAAUUGCUUGAUGUGUUAUGCAGAAACAUUUCCUAUAGAUCCCCCAUUGGUUGGUGACUGCUAUGACAUACUCAUGUGUCACGAGAUAUACAGGUCCUCAGCUGCUCUUGUGAAGCCACAGUGCGUAUACAUGCUGUUUCACACAGAGGACACAAGGACACAAGCGUGAACAACAUUUAGGAGUUGUUGAUUUGUUUAGGAAUUGGAUGUGUAGAGUAAAUAUAACUGUGACUCUAUAGCCACUUGGAUUUAAUAUAAUUACUUUUUGACUUUUUCAGUGCAUUGCGAAUACCUUUGAAUGUCUCAAGUUAAAACCAACCGUUUACUACACAGGUAAGAAGGAGUUCUAGCUGCAUUGUAACCGGCCCAGGAUCCAGCUGCAGAAUUUCUUUCGUUCAUCAAACAAUCUCUGUUACUGUCUAUGGAAAACAAUACUUUUCCCCAGUAUUUUAACCUUACCAUGUUUGUGAAACUAGGAAACUAUCGCUACCUCGCAUUUGUCCUGUGUCUACUGUUGUAUGCUUUUAUUAUCUUUUCUAAUCUUGUAAUAAUAGUGCUGAUAUCACGAGAGAUAACGUUACAUGAGCCCAUGUAUAUUUUUAUUAUGUGUCUUUCUAUCAACUCUCUGUAUGGCUCUGCUGGCUUCUUCUUCAGAUUUCUGAGAGACCUACUGUCUGAUACUCAUUUGAUUUCACGCACAGCUUGUUUUGCUCAGAUCUAUGUCAUUUACACCUACGCAUCCUAUGAGAUGACUCUGUUAGGCAUAAUGGCUUAUGAUCGUUACGUUGCUAUAUGUCAACCUUUAAACUACCACAACAAAAUUACAUCAAAGGCGGUCUCAAAGUUGGUUGCCUUUGCAUGGACUUAUCCAUGCUUUUCUAUUGCAACCUGUGUGUAUCUUUCCUUCAGACUUCCAUUGUGUGGCAAUAAGAUACCAAAGGUAUUCUGUGCCAACUGGCCUGUUGUAAAAUUGUCAUGUGUCAGUACAGUGAUUAAUAACCUUGUCGGCAUGUUUCUGUCCAUAAGCACCGCCUUCCUGCCCCUGGCCUUUGUCAUGUUUACAUAUAUAAGAAUAAUUCUCAUUUGUAGGAAACGUUCUUCAGAGUUUAAGCGCAAAGUUAUACAAAACUGUCUGCCACACAUUGUUACAUUCGUCAUCUACUCCAUUACUGUGUUUUGUGAUGUUGCUCUCAGCAGAAUUGAUCUUGAAGCGCUGAACCCAUUUUUAGCAAUAAUUUUAUCACUUGAGUUUGUUGUGAUUCCUCCCAUAGUGAAUCCUCUUGUUUAUGGCCUGAAGCUAGCAGAAAUAAGAAAAUGUGUGUUAAAUGUGUUUUCACACUCAGAACCUGUGAAAACAAACCACAAAAAAUAAGAGUAAAAUGUGUCUUUUCUAUAAGUAAUAAGACAGGAG